CUUCCCCUGCCGUACUCCGUGCGCGUGGGCUCCAGCGUUCGCAACCAAGGCGGCACCGUGCACCGCAUCGCAGAGUACAUCGUGCACGAGCAGUACGGCACCAACGGACACGACUUCGACAUCGCGCUCCUGCGUCUGGAGACGCCCAUCACCUUCUCGGCGGCGGCGCAGCCGGUGACGCUGGAGGCGCAGGGCGACGUGGUGGCCGCCGGCACGCCCGCCGUCGUCACCGGCUGGGGAGCCCUCGAGGAGAUGGGCGCGGCCGCCGACAUCCUGCAGGAGGUGGAGGUGCCCAUCAUCUCCAACAGCGCCUGCAGCGAGGCGUACGUGGGCAUCACGGAGCGCAUGAUCUGCGCGGGCUUCCAGGCGGGCGGCUACGACGCGUGUCAG